AGCAUAGAGUUAUGAUGAGAGAAUCCAUUCAACUUCCCAUAAUCGACCUUACUUCCCCUGAUCCUAUUUCCACCGCUCGAGCAAUUCGUCAGGCAUGUGUAGAUGUUGGUUUCUUUUACCUAAUAAACCAUGGAGUAGAUGAAAGGUUAUUUAAGAAAGUGCUUGAACAGAACAAAAAGUUUUUCUCACUGCCCCUUGAAGACAAGAUGAAACUGGUACGAAGGAACCACAGAGGUUAUACUCCCCUUUAUGCUGAGAAACUUGAUACCUCUUCUACUUCCCAAGGUGACUCAAAAGAAAGCUUCUACAUUGGUUCUCUGGAAGGAAAGAGUGUUGUUAGUAACUUGAAUCAGUGGCCGGCAGAAGAAGUUCUGCCAAGUUGGAGAUCAACCAUGGAGGAUUACCAUAGAAGAGUCUUGGAUGCAGGUAUAAGACUAAUUUCACUGAUUGCUUUGGCAUUGGAUUUAGACGAGGACUUCUUUCAUAAAGCAGGGGCAUGUGAUUCACCAAAUGGAUUCCUUCGUCUGUUACAUUAUCCAGGUGAGUUGCAGUUAUCUGAACAAGUGGUGUAUGGUGCUUCUGCUCAUUCAGACUAUGGGAUGUUAACUCUUCUAGCUACAGAUGGUGUUGGUGGACUUCAGGUUUGCCGGGAGAAAUUCAACCGACCUCAGAUAUGGGAAGAUGUGCAUCACCUCAGUGGGGCUUUCAUAGUUAACAUUGGAGAUAUGAUGGAGAGGUGGACAAACUGCUUAUUUCGGUCUACAUUGCAUCGAGUUAUGCCAACAGGGCAAGAGCGUUAUUCGAUGGCUUUCUUUUUGGAUCCAAAUCCAGAUUGUGUGGUGGAAUGCUUGAAGAGCUGCUGUAGUGAUUCAUCUCCUCCCAGAUUUCCUCCAAUUCGUGCGGGAGAAUAUUUGGAAGAGCGCUUAAAAGUUACAUAUGUAUCAUAGGUGAGUACCAUCUCAUCACCUCGAACUUGAAAUUUGAUCAGCAUAUUGCUGUUGCUCGCGCAUGUCGAAAGCUGAUCAUAGAAAUUUUACUACAAGUUAUUUCAAAUUCAGUCUCUUCUGUUUGGUUACUCCGUAGAGACGCUUAAGAAGUCCAUGCACAGAAAAUAAAUUUAAGUUAAUAUCUCUCUUCUUUUGUAUUUUUAUGUGAAAUCAGAAUGAAUAUGAUCAUAAUGUCUUUAGUUGUUUUAGUGCAAAUUUUGUGUGACCCCAAGUA